AUGGAGACCUCGGUGCUCAAGCAGCAGCAGCCAAUGCCACCCACGGCCAAGAUCAGGAACCUGACCAGGUUUGAAAAAUACUGGCCACAGACACUGAAUGAUCUUAUUUGUCACCAGGACAUUUUGAGAACCAUUCAGAAAUAUGUCACUGAAGGCUAACUGCCACACCUGCUUCUCUGUGGUCUUCCAGGGACAGGAAACACAUUGACCAUGCUAGGCUGUGCUAAACAGCUCUACAAAGAAAAAGAAUUAAGCUCUAUGAUCUUGAAGCUGAAUGCAUUAGAGAACUGAGGAAUAUAUAUCAUUUAGAGACCAGUCCUGAGUUUUGCCAGCACAAGGACAAUAUAAAAAGGCUUUAAACUAGUAAUCUUCGAUGAGUCUGAUGCUAUUACUCAAGAUGCCUAGAAUACUUUGAAGAGAGUGAUUGAGAAAUUCACUGAAAAUACCAGGUUUUUCCUUUUCAGUAUGUCAAAAGUCAUCCCCACCGUGUGACCCCACUGUAUGAGUUCCUGAUUUAAACCCCUUACUCCUGAACUCAUGGUUCCCCACCUGGAACAUGUUGUAGAAGAGAAAAUUGAUAUAAGUGAAAAUGGGAUGUGGAUGAAAGCACUUGUAACUUUUUCCAGUGGCUGUAAACAUUUUGCCGAGCACCAAAUGGCCUUUGGGAAGGUGACAGAGGAGACUGUCUACACCUGCACAGGGCACUCGUUCAAGUCAGACAUUGCCACAUUCUGGACUGGAUGUUGAAGAUUUCCCACAGCCUACAGAAACAUGGAGUUGAAAACUCUGAAGGGGUUGGCAUUAGAUGAACUGACAGAGAUACACUUGUUUGUGCACAGAGUUGACUUUCCAUUUUCAGUUCAAAUAAUUUAUUGACCAAAAUGAUAGACAUCAGAGUACAAUCUUUCUGUUGACACCGAUGAGGAGAUUCAGCUGAGUUCCCUCAUUGCUGCUUUUCAAGUCACCAGAGACCUGAUUGUUGCAGAGGCCUGGGCAUGGGAGCAGCCACCAUAUCCUAGCUACAAUUCUAACUAUUGGAAUUCUCCUGCACAACCUAGGGCUCCUUACCCAAGUACAUAUCCUGUAAGACCAGAACUGCAAGGCCAGAGUUUGAAUUCUUAUACAAAUGGAGCAUAUGGUCCACCAUACCCCCCUGGCUCUGGUGCAAAUACUGCCUCAUACUCAGGGGCCUAUUAUGCACCUGGAUAUACUCAAACCAGUUAUUCCACAGAAGUUCCGAGCACUUACCGUUCACCUGGCAGCAGCCCAACUACAGUCUCUCGUUGGAUGUAUCCCCAGCAGGACUGUCAGACUGAAACACCCCCUCUUAGAGGGCAGGUUCUGGGAUAUCCUACUUCACAGAACCCUGGAAUGACCUUGCCCCAUUACCCUUAUGGGGAUGGUAAUCGUAGUGUUCCACAAGCAGGACCAACUGUACGACCACAAGAGGAUACAUGGGCUUCUCCUGGUGCUUACGGAAUGGGCGCCCGUUACCCCUGGCCUUCAGCUGCGCCCUCAGCAUCACACGGGAGUCUCUACGUGACGGAAGGUACCUCACCAUGGUCCAGCAGUGGCUCUACUCCGUCACCUUCUUCACCACCACACCAGCAGCCCAAGGAUUCCUCAUAUCCCUAUAGCCAAUCAAAUCAAGGCAUGAACCGGCACAGCUUGCCUUGCAGUGUCCAUCAGUACGAAUCCUCGGGGACAAUGAACAAUGAUAAUUCACAUCUUUUGGAUUCCCAAGUCCAAUAUAGUGCUGAGCCUCAGCUAUAUGAUAAUGCCACCAAUGAACAUUCCAGCAAUCAAGAUCAAAGUAAUAGUCUUCCUGAAGAAUGUUUAUCUUCAGAUGAAGGUACACCCCCAAGUAUUAAAAAAAUCAUACAUGUGCUGGAGAAGGUUCAAUAUCUUGAGCAAGAAGUAGAAGAGUUCAUAGGAAAAAAGACAGACAAAGCAUACUGGCUUCUGGAGGAAAUGCUAACCAAAGAACUUUUGGAACUGGAUUCAGUUGAAACUGGGGGCCAGGACUCUGUCCGGCAGGCCAGGAAAGAGGCUGUUUGUAAGAUCCAGGCCAUACUGGAAAAAUUAGAAAAAAAAGGAUUAUGAAAGAAUUUAGAACAAAGUGGAAGCCUGUUACUAACUUGACCAAAGAACUCUUGAUUUUGGUUGAUUACCCUCUUUUCGAGAUGCCUGUUGAUGACAAGAAGCAAUACAUCCAACUUUCCUUUGAUUUAAAAUUUGAAAAACUGGCAAAGGAGUGAAAGAACAUUUUAGUUACGAGUUGCUUUCAGUUUUCAGACGAAUGAAUGUAAUAGGAAACUAUAAAGUUAUCAAUAUUGCCAAGUAGAACUCACUCCUUAAGAAAUUUAUGGAUAUCUUUUAGCUUCUUAUCAGCAGGAGGGAAAUACACUUUAUGUAACAGGCUUAUCAGAAACCUACCAGACAAGACUGGAUAUAAUGAGACAAACAGGCUGUUUUUUUAAACCUAUGGAUUAUUUGUCACAUUUUUUGUACAGUGUGACUGCUUUCAACAUACAUUUCAUGUGUAAAUUACAGUUUAGACUUUAGCCUUCUUGGACCUCUGUUUUGUUUUGUUAUUUGUAGUUCACAAAUACAGUAUUAUUCUCUAUUUCUUAGUACAUUUUGUAGUAAUAUGUUUAAUAUAAUUAUUCAAGAGACUGUAUUGACAGCUGGAUAGUAUGGCAAUUCUGAAUGAAUUUAUAUCUUUUCAUUGCUUCAAUAUAUUGUAAUGUGUAGUGAGCUCCA